AUGAGGUAUUGUGUUAGACAUCUUCAUGCUAACUUUAAAAAGGAAUAUCAUGGGCUUUUACUUAAACAACUUUUGUGGGCAACAACUAAUACUACAACACAAGCUGGGUUUGCUCGAGCAAUGGAAGAAGUCAAGGAUGUAUCAGAUGGUGCUUACAAUUGGCUAGUAGGGAAGAACCCCACAGAAUGGAGCAAGUCACAUAUUUUAGAGUACCUGAAAUGUGACAUUUUGGUGAAUAAUUUGUGUGAGAGUUUCAAUGCAGCCAUACUUGAUGCUCGCGACAAGCCAAUUAUAACUUUACUAGAGAAAAUUAGAUUUUGGUUGAUGUCUUGGUUUUAUAACAAAAAAUUUGAGUUGGAGAAGAUGACUCAACCUGUGGGGAAGAGAAUUUUGAAGAUAAUUGAGAAGCAAAAAGAGGUUGCAAAGCAUUGCCUAAUUACUAUGUCUGACAAGUUUGAGUUUCAGGUUCAAUGCAGCAAUGGUAGUGCCUUGGUUGUUGAUUUGGAAUUCAGAACUUGUACAUGUAGGAGGUUUCAACUAUCUGGGCUUCCUUGUGGCCAUGCAAUAGCUACUAUCUGGUUCAUGGGAGGUAAUGUCAUUGAUUAUGUCCACAGAUUCUAUAAAAAAGAAUCGUUGCAAAAAGCAUAUGAACAGAGUGUGCAUCCUAUGCCUAGUCCAGCUAUGUGGCCUCAGACAGGACUCAACCCAAUUGAUCCACCACCUGAGACGAAGCCGCCUGAAAGACCUAAGAAAGCUAGGCGAAGGGAGACAGAUGAACCUCCACCUGGUUCAAAGAAAUCUCGAAGAACUGGACAAGUUAAAACAUGCAGCAAUUGUCUGAAAACAGGGCACAUGAGAGAAACAUGCAAAUAUUAA